AUGGAAGAAAGUAUUGAUCAUCGUCCAUCAAAACGAUUCAAGAUAACUCGUGAACAAAAUCGUUGUUCGACAUUUGAAUGUUUGUCGGGUGAGCUGAUUCUCGAGCUUUUUGAAUAUUUCAAUACAAAAGAAAUUUUUCAAUCAUUCUUCAAUCUCAGUCCAUUCAUAACUUCGUGUAUUUUCGAUCAACGUCGACGACUUCAUCUGUAUUUUGAUCGUCAAAUGCCUUCCUUCCUUGGAGGGUAUUUUCCCAAUCAAAUCAUUUCACUUCAAAUCGAACAUAUUGCUAUUCGAAUUACCAUAUUCUCUAAUCUUAAAUCACUUUCCAUCGUCCAUGGUAAUGAACGAGAAGAAGAAUGUCUCAAUAUGGUUAAGCAGGUGAGAUAA